GGCACCUCCCCUGGGCCCCCUCGGCGGGCUCCAUGGCGUUUUCUGAGCUCCUGGACCAAGUGGGUGGCCUGGGCAGGUUCCAGGUUCUCCAGAUGGUGGCUCUGGUGGUCCCUAUCAUGUGGCUCACCACUCAGAGCAUGAUGGAGAACUUCUCGGCCGCCGUGCCCAGCCACCGCUGCUGGGUGCCCCUCCUGGACAACAGCACCGCCCAGGCCGGUGUCCCCGGGGCCCUGGGCCCCAAGGACCUCCUGACCGUCUCCAUCCCCCCGGGCCCCAACCACGAGCCCCACCGGUGUCGCCGCUUCCGCCAACCCCAGUGGCAGCUCCUGGACCCCAAUGGCACGGCCACCAACUGGAGCGAGGCCGCCACGGAGCCGUGCGUGGACGGCUGGGUCUACGACCGCAGCACCUUCACGUCCACCAUCGUGGCCAAGUGGGACCUUGUGUGCGACUCCCACGCCCUGAAGCCCAUGGCCCAGUCCAUCUACCUGUCGGGGAUCCUGGUGGGAGCGGCGGUGUUUGGCCAAGUCUCCGACAGGUUUGGGCGCAGGCUGGUGCUGACCUGGAACUACCUUCAGAUGGCCGUGUCGGGCACGGCGGCUGCCUUCGCCCCCACCUUCCCGGUGUACUGUCUGUUUCGCUUCCUGGUGGCCUUGGCCGUGGCGGGCGUCAUGAUGAACACUUGCACUCUCCUGAUGGAGUGGACGUCCACGCGUGCCCGAGCCUUGGUGAUGACUUUGAACUCCCUGGGCUUCAGCUUCGGCCAGGUCCUGAUGGCCACAGUGGCCUACGGUGUGCGUGACUGGGCCCUGCUGCAGCUGGUGGUCUCCGCCCCCUUCUUCCUCUGCUUUGUGUAUUCCUGGUGGCUGGCGGAGUCUGCCCGAUGGCUCCUCAUCAAGGGCAAGCUGGAGCAGGGCCUGCGGGAGCUACAGAAGGUGGCUGCCAUCAACGGGAAGAGGGCAGUGGAGGACACACUGACUGCAGAGGCCUUGCUGUCAGCCAUGCGGGAGGAGCUGAGUGCGAGCCAGGCUCCUGCCAGCCCGGCUGCCCUGCUUUGCACACCCGGACUGGGCCUCCGGACCUGUGUCUCCACUCUGUGCUGGUUCGCCUUCGGCUUCACCUUCUACGGCCUGGCCCUAGACCUGCAGGCCCUCGGCAGCGACAUCUUCCUGCUCCAGGUCCUCAUUGGGGUCGUGGACAUCCCGACCAAGAUCGGCACCCUGGUGCUGCUGAACCGCCUGGGCCGCAGGUCCACUCAGGUGGCGUCCCUGGUGCUGGCGGGGCUCUGCGUCUUGGCCAACAUGCUGGUGCCCCACGAGUUGGGGGCCCUGCGUUCAUCCCUGGCCGUGCUGGGGCUCGGGGGCCUGGGGGCCGCCUUCACCUGCGUCAGCAUCUACACUGGUGAGCUCUUCCCCACCGUGCUCAGGAUGACAGCGGUGGGCCUGGGCCAGAUGGCAGCCCGCGCGGGAGCUAUCCUGGGGCCUCUGGUGCGGCUGCUGGGUGCACACGGCCGCUCACUGCCGCUGCUCGUCUACGGAGCGGUGCCGGUGCUGAGCGGCUUGGCUGCAUUGUUGCUGCCGGAGACACAGAGCCUGCCGCUGCCCGACACGGUUCAAGAUGUGCAGAACCAGGCAGUGAUGAAAGCGACACACAGCCCCCCAGGGCGCACUGUCCUGAAAUCCACACACUUUUAAGCUCCCGGGCAUUCUGCGAUGGGACAUUGGGAGAAGCACCCUCUCUCCUUCGGAGAAGGCAGGACGACAAAGGCCACCAUCUCCAGAGGGUCCAGGGGCGGCCCCAAGCACCCCACCGGACCCUCCCUUGUGACUUCGAAAACGAUCAAGGACCGGCAGGACCCUGUCUACCCCGUGCUCCCCUCCUCGCUGCUCACGGCCCCCAGCUGUCCACUGUUCCCCCCUCCCCCCGCAGCC